AUGAGUACGCCGGGUGAAGCAGCCGGUGAACCGUCAGGGUCUCAGGAGCAGCCCGCCCCAACAGAAACUCCCAAGCGUGGGCCGGGAAGACCACGGAAACCGCAACAGGAGCCAACCGGAGAGCCUGUCCCGAAACGACCGCGGGGGCGACCUAAAGGGAGCAAGAACAAGGGCCCGUCCAAAGCAGCGCUGAAGAAAGCAGAGGCCACUGGAGAGAAGAGACCCAGAGGCAGACCCAGGAAAUGGCCACAGAAAGCAGUCGAGAAAAAGCCUGCUCAGGUAUACAACUGA